UUUGAAAUCCAAAGAGAGGCUGUGGUGGGCGUUGCCCCAAGUGAAACAUUAAGUGAACGCUGAAACAACAAUGGCUUGGACCACGAACCUUGAGCUGCUACGACAUUUUACGAUGUACGACGUCGAAAAAUGGGCUGAGGAGGGAUGUCGAGUACCAAGAGCAGUUUUGUUGAAAGGAUACAGCAACUGGAUUGAGGGAUUCAUUACUGAUAUCGAAGGUGGAGUUUCCAUCUGAAGGCCCCUUUAUUGGGCAGUCAGAGUGCAACUGCAAAGCUGGCCAGGGUCACUGCAAUCAUCAAGUUGGACUACUAUACACUCUUGCACAUUUUCUUAAGCUAGACUGUAAAUCUGUCCCUCCUACAGUUAGUAAAACGUCACUGCCACAGACAUGGCAUGUUCCUCCACGUACAUUAGGCCUCACCCCAAAACCUAUUAAUAUAACAAAAGUUUCAAAAUUAAAGCCACCCACAGCGAAUACACUCCCAAAGAAAUAUAAAAGAUCCUGUGAUGGUAUCAUACCCAACCUCUAUUGCCCUGUUCCAGUCCCCCUACCAAGUGAUCAGUUUGCUCAUGAUCUUCAAAAGAACCUAGCUGAUAUCGGAAGCAACUGUCAAAUGUAUCACCUACUGCUAGCAUCAAACAGACAUCCAGUGGACAAGGUUGCAACAGAGUUUGGUGACCUGCCCUGUGGAUCAGUGUUGACCUACCAGGCCCUUGCCCUUCCCACCACCACUACCACUGACCAUCACCCACCAUUUCCUCUGCCACCACAGACAUAUCAUUAUGCCACUGCUCUAAAUGAAAAUGAGAGCAACUACUACUGUGGCAUGACUAUCACCCUCUCUGAUGCAGAGUCAUUGGAGAUGGAAACAAGGGAACAGAGCACAAACAAGACCUGGCACCGUGUUCGCUCACAGCGUCUGACUUCAUCUGUUUUUAAAAGGAUCAUUUCAAGGAUCGCAGACUUCGACAGCUUAGCAGCCAAUAUGCAGCGACAGAAGAGGGCUGUGCAGACACGGGCAAUGAAAAGGGGGCUAGAGAUGGAGCCCAUUGCAGCGGCACAAUAUGAACAGGCAACAGGUAAUCACACAUUGCCUUGUGGCUUCAUCAUUAAUCCUCAUGCCCCCCAUUUAGGUGCCUCACCUGAUCGUAAGGUGGUUGACAGCGCUGGGCUUCUUCAGGGGCUUCUGGAGGUAAAGUGUCCAGAUGUGGACAGUUUGGUUGAGUGCUGUUACCUUUCUGCAGGGCCAGAUGGUGCUUUUGCCCUUAAACCCAACCAUGAAUACCAUUACCAGGUAAUGGGACAGAUGGGCAUCACAGGGAUGAUGUGGUGUGAUUUUUUUGUCCAUUGCACCAACGACUACCACUUGGAGCGGAUCCACUUUGAUGCCGAGAAAUGGGAGUCUAUGAAAACUAAGCUGGACAUAUUCUUCUUUGAGUAUUUUUUGCCUGCCCUUUGCAGAUGAGGAGACCGUAGAUAUAAACUCCUCAAAAAAAGUUUGAGUCAGUAUUUUUACAAGAAUAUUUUUUACAUUUUAUCAAGAAUGAAUUAUGAGAAUUCAUUAAAAAAUGUCAAUGCAUUGUUUUAUUGUUUCAGUAUUAUCCAGCAUACAGGUUGUCUUAAAUUCAUGUAAUUAUAAAAACAUUUAAUCACAUUUAAUUAUCUUCAGUUCAAUAAAAGUACAUAAGAGCUGAACUGCCAAUGUUGUGUUACAAUGAGUUUCAAUGUUUCUCAAAGGAAGAAUGAUUAUCCAGAACUUACAAAAUCCACUUUGAUGCA